AUGCUAUCGCUGCCGGUUCAGGCCAAGGACUCGGUCGACGUCAUCGGCUUCGUGGACGUCCUCGACGUCCUCACUCACAUUGUGCGCCUCUGCUCCGAGGGCAAGACCCAUCCCGAAGCCGACGAAGCGUUUGAGAAUACCAUCAUGAUGUACCAGAAGGGCUUCAACUUUGCCAGCACCCCAGUGAGCGCCAUAAUAGAUUCAUCAUCGCGAGACCCGCUCGUGCCCGUGUACGGGCGUGGCACGCUGGCCCAACUCAUCGAGGAAGCCUUCUCGCGAGGCGUGCACAGAGUGCCGGUCUACAACAGAGCCAGCACAGUCGUCACCAACAUCAUCAGCCAGUCCGACAUCAUCAAGUUCAUUAUGGGCAAAAUGGACGAGGCCGGCAACCCGGAGGCGGUGCUGGGCUCGCUCAUGGGCAAGACGGUCGACGAGCUGCGGCUGGGCACCAAGCCCGUCGUCUCCAUGAGCGGCGACCUGCCGGCCUUCAAGGCCCUCCAAUUGAUGGUGAGGAGCCGGGUGAGCGCGGUGGCGGUGGUGGACAAGGUAGGACAGCUGAUGGCCGACUUCUCGGCCACUGAAGUGCGCGGUCUCAGUGUUGAUAAUUUCCCAUCUCUGCGCAAGCCCGUGAUCACAUUCCUCGAGCAGUCGCGAAGCCGCAUAGGCCGAGCCGAGUGCUACCCGUUCUCGACGCCCAUCAUCUGCACCGGCGAUACGCCGAUCGAGACCGUCUUCCUCAAGCUGCACAUGCACGGACUUCACCGACUCUGGAUCGUUGACGAGAUGGCGAGGCCACUUGGCGUGAUCACAUUGACCGACAUGAUGCGUCUCCUGUUGCCGCCGCAGGAACCACUGGCCAGCACGCCUCUGAACAUGUAA